AUGCCACCGCAUCAACAUGACGCGCUCAUCACCCGCCUCAAAACAAUCCUACUAGCCAUGCAACGCGCAUCCUGGGAACAAGCACUCGCAGCCCAAGCACUCUAUGAAUGGCGACCUGACGAAGAACUCCCCAGUAUCGUUGGAUUGGCGUAUGAUAUGAUUGCUCGAUCAGAUAGUUUGGGCAGGUUAGGCGUCUUGCUCAAUGAAACAGAUCAGUCAUCCCUUGACUUUUGCGCAAUUGGUGAGUGUCUUGUCUUUCUGCAUCAUCAGACACGCGAUACGAUUUGGUUGUCGGCUGCACGGUCACUUGUUGGGUAUAUCAGAAGAACGGCAGGUCGGUCAUUCGAGGGACUCUUGGUCCAUCGCGCUGGGGAACUCUGGGUAGAUGCAUUGUACAUGCUACCACCGGCACUCAUUGCAACAGGCUCCUCCUGGAAUCAAGAUUCUCUCAUCUUUGAAGGAUUCCAACAACUCAACGGCUAUGAAAAGUAUCUACGCGAUCAAGCGACGGGGUUAUGGUCACAAUCGUGGAAUAUCGAGAGUCAUGCUAUCGCGCGACGUGAACAUUUGAGUACAGGCAAUGGAUGGGCCAUGGCCGGUUGCGUACGUGUCCUCUCACUACUACCGAAAGAAGGCUGGCAGGAAGAAGCAGAGCAAUUGGCUGGUAAGACACUGCAAACCCUCCGCAGUGUACUAGCGCAUCAACGGCCAGACGGACUCUUUCAUUUUGUGCUGGAGGAUGAGACGAGUUUUGUGGAGUGUACAUCAGCGGCGAUGUACGCUUACAGCAUCUACACACUUCAACUGCUCGGUCUACUCUCUGCACAGGCGAUAGAGGUGAAAGCAGCUGAUCGCAUGACCACCGCACUGAUUGCGCUUGUGGACCAAGAUGGGCAUCUCAGGGGUUGUGUGCUUGCUCGAAAGGAUGGGCAUGAAGGGAAUAUGCAGGGCCGAGGGACAUCUGCCGAGGGUCAAGCGUUUCUCAUCAUGGCACUGGCUGCGGCUGGGCAUUUACAGGGUGGUGGCAGGCAUAUACAUUGGACGCAUCUACAGGCUGGCUCGCAGGAGAAUGUCAGCAUGUACGAGGAGGUGUAG